CUCAGCAGCAGUCAGCGUUCAGUUCAGUCAGUCAGCGCUGCGUCGGAUCAGCUCCCGGAGGUUUCGGGUCCCAUCUUCACCCUGAAACCUUUCGGAUUUUCUGUUCCUUUUUUUUUUUUCUUAUUUUGUUGCAUGUAAGGAGCAAAACCGGGGAGGAAAGUGCAAAAGUUUCUGAAUGGAGAAGCACAAAGUGCUGGACCGCCUCCUGAUGGAGCUCCAUCGUUUCCUGCUCAUCCUGGACAGGGAGACUCUGAGUGGGAACGCUACAGUCCAGAAGGGAUUGCUGUCAGACCUCCUGCAGUCCUACAAAACCUCAAACGGUGGCGAUGAGGAGUACAUCUACAUGAAUAAAGUGGUUGCGUCUGGAAAAGACAAAGAGGACAAAGAUUACCUUUUGGACGCCUUUGUCAAUGGAAAAGCAGCCAAAUCUGUGCCACAGAAGAACCUUCCUGACCUGCCGCCACCCAGAGCAGGCGUUGUGGGUCGGGAACCGUUCCCCUUACCUCCGCUUCCAGCUCCAGCCUGUAUCGACCCGUCAGAGAGUUACUAUGAGGAGGCUCAGCCCUACGAGGAAGCCGUCAACGACGACGUCGACGCCGUCAGCAGCUCGUACGAGUCCUACGACGAGGAGGAGGUGACCCGAGAGAAGUUGCCGUCGGCUCAGCACCAGUGGCCGUCCACCGAGGCGUCCAUCGAGCUGAUGAAGGACGCCCGAAUCUGCGCCUUCCUGUGGAGGAAGAAGUGGCUCGGCCAGUGGGCCAAGCAGCUCUGCGUCAUCAAAGACCACCGUCUUCUGUGCUACAAAAGCUCCAAGGACCAGACGCCUCUGCUGGACGUGAGUCUGCUGGGCUGCAGUGUGAUUUACAAAGAAAAGCAGCCGAGGAGACGAGAGCACAAGCUGAAGAUCAUCCCUGUAGGAGGCGAGGCCAUUGUGUUAGGCCUGCAGAGCAAAGAGCAGAUCGAGCAGUGGCUCAAGGUUAUUCAAGAAAUAAGCCCCAAGCCGGCUGAAAACUGUGACCCUCAACAGUCUGCGUCGGACUCUCCGAGGCUUAUUUGCACUAAGGGAGAUCUGAACGAGAGACAGUCGCUGGCCUCAGAGAGCGGCAGCAGCACGGACAGCCACACUGAAAUCACAGAAAACAAAGAUGUGAAGAAAAAAUAUGGCCCUGGUUUAAUGUUCAGCAACCUGAUGAACAUUGGGAAGAAAAAACCAUCCUCGCUUGAGAGUCCUGAGAAAACGGUUGACACCUCAGGUUACCUGAACGUGCUGGUGAACAGCCAGUGGCGGUCCUGCUGGUGUCUCAUAAAGAACGGACAGCUGUGGUUCUACCAAGACAAGGGGAAGAACAAGGUGAGCCAGCCGGCGGUGACCCUGGAGGGCUGCAGCGUGUUGCCCGACCCCAGCCCCGACCAUCUCUACUCCUUCAGGAUUGACUUGGACGGCGCGCAGAUCGCGACCCUGGAGGCGAAGACAUCCGCAGACAUGGGUCACUGGUUGGGCCUCUUGCUGUCACAGACGGGGACCAAAACCGACCCGGAGGACCUGACGUACGACUACGUCAACUCGGAACGGAUCUCCAGCAUCGUCAGCGCUGCGAAGACCUCCUUAUACUUGAUGCAAAGGAGAUAUUCGGAGUCGAACACGUACAUCGACGCUCUGCCGUCCGUUCCCCAAAACUCCGACGAGCUGUACGACGACGUGGCAUCCAUAGCUGAUCCUGAGGAUGCUGAGGAGAACCCCCUGCCGAACUGCGAGGAGGAGAACAAUCCCCAGGAUCUGGAUCCGACACAGCCGGACAAUGCAAAAGGCCCGACAGACGCAGAACAAGAUAUCAACGACAGAAUCUACCUGGACCUGGUCCCCAUGCGCUCCUUCCUCCAUACAUCCUGUGGAGUCAAGGCGUCUCCUCCUCCCAAGGAAGCCUCCAGAGUUUGUCCAAUCCCAGGAGAGGCCCAGAAGGAUUCCUCUUGCCAAGUUAAGGAGGUCUCUUCCACCAACCUUCCGGAGCCAAAUUCCACCCCUGUGCUAAACGGGCCAAACUCGGCGUCUUCCUCCAGCGCAGCGAAUCAGAAGCGAUUAUCGAGUCUCGCUUCCCUGCAGCUCCAAACUCAAGCUGUCAAGACUCCGUCGCAGAGCCAGGAGGUCUCGAAGCGGUGCAGCCUGGGGACCCCACAAGCCUUCGGUUUGCUCGGAGUGCAGACGCAUAAGGCCCCGACGGCUCAGACCUCAGCAGCUGGGCUCCCUCUCAGCCCAAAACCGGCACGGCCAAAGGCGCACACCAUAGGGAGUUCCAGUGCUGUUGAGAUCAAACUUGGCAAGAACCGCACCGAGGCGGACAUGCUGCGCUACAUCGAUGAGCGCGAUCGCCUGGAGAAGGAGAGGGAGGAGGUGAGGAGCAGCCUGGCCAAGCUGAAGAAAGAAAAGAGGGAAACCAAGGAGGAGCUCGGCACCUGCCAGGACCCCAAGCGGCAAGCUUCCCUGGAGGCCUGUCUGAAGCAGAAGGAAGAGGCGUGUCGGGAGGCGGAGCGCCGCAGGGUGGAGGUGGAGCUUCGUCUGGUAGAAGUGAAGGAGAGUCUGAAGAAGGCGGAGUCGGGGCCUUUCACGCUGGGAACCACACUGGACAGCAGCCUGCAGGACUCCCCGACGACUAAAGCUGCAACCAUCCCCAAUCCCCAAGCAUCCUCACUGUCGUCAUCCAGCCAAGCCGCGUCGCCUGUCGUCUUCCUCCGCGUCGCCUCCCCAGUCCUCCAGCAGCAGCGCGAGUGCAGACUCUCCAGUGAACUCGGCCUCGGCCCUUAAAAACAGACCCACUUCCAUCAUCGCCACAAAGGGCAACGUCCUGCAGAAGGCCAAGGAAUGGGAGAAAAAAUCCACCACUUAGAUGGAGACUUGUUAAAUCUGCACAAACAUUACGACCAUGUGGGAUUUUCCAACACCCGUCCCUGAUUUCUAACCAAGACUUUAAAGACGGAGACGGAAGCACAAGCUGAAAACUUGGUGAACACCACUGGAUAGUCUUUAAUAACAUGACGUUUCUCGUUAGUUUUAUUUGCAAAGGAGGACAUUUAAGUAACACCUUUUUAAGGCCAGUGUUGCAGAAACAAGACUGCAGCACAUUUAAAAAAAACCACUAAAUUUUAUACGUUAAAAGAAAGCCUGUACUGAAUUACUGAAAAACCACUAAAUUUCUAAACAUAAAAAAAAAAAAAGUCCCCCAAUUGAAUUGUCUAUUGUGUAAAAUUUAGACGGUAGCUUGGUUCAUGUACGCUGGUAGCCAAGAUGUAAAUAUAUGUACACCAUUUAUUCAGCCUUUUGGCUUGUAUUGCUAGCUAAAACUGCACUUUUUAUUCAAAUAAAAAUGUUCUGAAAA